AGGAAGAUGAAUGUGCGAAACCUGACAAUGGUGGCUGUGAGCAGCGCUGUGUAAAUACUCUGGGCAGCUACCAGUGCGCCUGUGAUCCUGGCUAUGAACUUGGUCCUGACAAAAAGAGUUGUGAAGCUGCUUGCGGAGGACUCCUGACAAAGCUAAAUGGGACUAUAACCACACCAGGGUGGCCCAAAGAGUAUCCUCCAAACAAAAACUGUGUGUGGCAGGUGGUUGCCCCAACGCAAUACCGAAUUUCAAUGAAGUUUGAGUUUUUUGAGUUAGAAGGGAAUGAAGUUUGCAAGUACGAUUAUGUGGAGAUUCGUAGUGGCCUUUCUUCUGAUUCUAAACUACAUGGUAAAUUCUGCGGUACAGAAGUGCCUGAAGUUAUCACCUCUCAGUACAACAACAUGCGAAUUGAAUUCAGAUCUGACAACACUGUGUCAAAAAAAGGCUUCAAGGCACACUUCUUCUCAGACAAGGAUGAGUGUUCGAAGGACAAUGGUGGCUGCCAGCAUGAGUGCAUCAACACGGUAGGAAGCUAUGUUUGCCAGUGCCGAAAUGGAUUUGUGCUACACGAAAACAAACAUGACUGCAAGGAGGCUGAGUGUGAACAGAAGAUCCACAGUCCCAAUGGCAUCAUCACAAGUCCCAACUGGCCAGACAAGUAUCCCAGCAGAAAGGAGUGCACAUGGGAAAUCAGUGCCACCCCCGGGCAGAGGGUCAAACUGACCUUCAAUGAAUUUGAGAUAGAACAACAUCAAGAAUGUGCUUACGACCACUUGGAAGUGUUUGAUGGUGAAAGUGAAAAAUCACCAAUUCUGGGACGCUUAUGCGGCAAUAAGAUACCAGAUCCUCUUAUUGCUACUGGCAACAAAAUGUUUCUCCGCUUUAUUUCUGAUGCAUCAGUUCAAAGAAAAGGCUUCCAAGCAACACACUCUACAGAGUGCGGCGGUCGUCUGAAAGCUGAAACCAAGCCCAAAGAUCUGUACUCGCAUGCUCAGUUUGGUGAUAACAACUAUCCGGUUCAGGCAGACUGCGACUGGCUCCUGGUGGCAGAGCGCAGCUAUCAAGUUGAGUUAAUGUUUCAGACUUUUGAGGUUGAAGAAGAGGCAGACUGUGGUUAUGACUACGUAGAGCUCUUUGAUGGUCACGAUAAGUCAGGUGUGAGACUUGGCCGAUUUUGUGGAUCUGGG